AAGACUUGUGUAUUUUCAUAUCUCAACGUUUUAAAGAAAAAACACUAAACUAGAAACUGAAAUACAAAUCUAUUAAAUAAAAAAAGUGUGACCAGUAAACAAUUCGAUUUACUGUUGGACCUUUAAAACAAAGUUAGAUGAUAAAAAGUAAAAGGAAAGAGAGAUGCAAAAGAGAGGACUUCUGCAUGAGUUGGCAACUUCAGUUUUUGUUCUUAUUAUUAAAGUCUUUAAAGUAAACCUAAUUUAAAAAAAAAAACGUAAGUGUUGCUCUGUCAUCAUCAUCACACUUUCCCCCUCCUCCCUUUUGUUUUCUUCUUCGUUUUCUUUAUUCUCUUUUGACAAUCCGUAACUCCAAAUCUCAUCCUACGGUCUACAAAAUUUUAAACUUUUUCCACGAUAGAAUUAUUAUUAUGUGAUGCCCAUUCAACGUAACCCCUCCUUAGUUUCCUCAUCAAUCUUCUUCUCUCUCUCUCUCUCUUCAUCUCAAUAUAUCAAACAUCUUGCUUCUGUUUCUCUCCUUCAUCCAUGGCUCAAGAGAACAGUUUCAAGAAGAGAAAGAUCACCACCGUGGACGACCGUGGAGGACUUUUAGAAUCCCUUCCCGGAGAUAUCCUCACCGACAUAUUCUCUCGCCUUCCCAUCUCCUCCUUAGCUAAACUCAUGUUCGUUUGCAGAUCUUGGAGAUCCAUUUUGACGACACAACACGGUCUUAUCUCUUCUUCUUGUUCUUCCGACAAGAAGCCAUGUCUUCUCCUUCACUGCGAUUCGCCAAUACGCAACGGCCUCCACUUCUUGGACUUGUCUGAAGAAGAGAAACGUAUCAAGACCAAGAAAUUCACCUUAAGAUUCGCAUCUUCCAUGCCUGAGUUCGACGUGGUAGGUUCUUGUAACGGUUUGCUCUGUUUGUCUGAUUCUCUUUACAACGACUCUCUCUACCUCUACAACCCUUUCACCACAAACUCCUUAGAGCUUCCUGAAUGUUCCAACAAGUACCAUGAUCAAGAACUCGUGUUCGGCUUCGGGUUCCAUCAAAAGACAAAGGAGUACAAAGUUGUAAAGAUAGUUUACUUCAGAGGUAGUAGUAGUAGCUACCGAGGUCGUGGUCGGAUCCAGUACAAGCAAUCAGAGGUUCAGGUCUUAACCUUACCAACAAGAAGAGAUCAAUCUUUAUCUUGGAGAAGCUUAGGGAAAGCUCCUUACAAGUUUAUGAAACGUCCCACGGAGGCUUUGGUCAACGGGAGGUUACAUUUUGUGACAAGGCCUCGUAGGCACGUGCCUGAUCGUAAGUUUGUAUCAUUUGAUCUUGAAGAUGAGGAGUUUAGAGAGAUUCCUAAACCGGACUGCGGUGGGCUAAACCGGAUCAACCAUAGGUUAGUGAACCUUAAAGGGUGUCUUAGUGCCGUUGUUUAUGGAAACUAUGGGAAGUUAGAUAUAUGGGUUAUGAAGAGCUACGGGGUUAAGGAGUCUUGGGGCAAAGAGUAUAGCAUUGGGACUUACGUGCCGAAGGGGCUAAAGCAGAGUUCGGACCGACCAAUGUGGAUUUGGAAGAACGCUGAGAAUGGUAAAGUGGUUAGGGUUUUGUGUGUGUUGGAGAAUGGAGAGAUCUUGUUGGAGUAUAAGAGUAGGGUUCUUGUGUCUUAUGAUCCAAAAUUGGGUAAGUUUAAAGAUCUUGUUGUUCAAGGUAUGCCUAAUUGGUUUCACACUGUUGUUCAUGUUGGAACAUUAUCUUGGCUUGAUACACCACUUGAUUUAUGAAACGUUUUAAAGAAAAUUCUUCCUUUUUAUUGUCAUAUAAUAUUCCAUUUAUAGUCUUAAAUAAUGUUGUAAAUUAUUGAGUCAUCUUCUUUCAUCCUUCCAAGUUAUUGCUUCGUUUCUGGUGAAUGUAUUAUUUGUUGAUUUUUUCAUGUUUUUUGGUGGUUUCAUGUAGAUAUGGUUUCAUAAAUCUACUGGUAAAUAUAUAUGAAGAUAUAUGUGCCAUUCAGUUU